GAAUCGUAAGGGCUACUUUGGCUGAACCGUACUGCACGCUUUGCGCGUUGCUUCUGCGGGUUGUUCUCUUUCGGGUCGCUGUGGCCUCACACCAUUUGCCUUUGAGGAGGAGCCCUACACGCCCCUGGGCAACGUUGCCUUCCCGGUGACGGAGGAGGCCGGUUCUGCGGAGGAGCAGCAGCUGCGCUCGUUCCAGGACCUGCUCCUGAGGACCUUCGAGCCUCAGCCAGACCUCGCCAUGCCCAUCUCCACGCCGUACCCCCCUCCCGUCUGCCUGCCCAGUGCGGCCACCCUGACCAUCGUGGAGCAGCCAAUGAAGGAGACACGGUACCGCUACAAGAGCGAGAGUGGCUCCCACGGACCCCUCAUCGGCGAGUCGAGCACGCCCCAGAGGAAGACCUACCCCAGCGUCAGGCUGCAGAACCACGACCCGGGGCUGCCGCACCGCAUCCGCGCCAGCCUGUGGCUGGCGGACCGGGAAGAGCCGCACGUGCACCGCCUCACCAUGAAGGGCCGGGACGAGGAGGACUGCUGCUACGUCACCGUCAGAGAGGACGGCAGGGCCACGUUUCCAAGCAUGUCCAUUGUUUUCCAGCAGAAAAAAACGGUGGCGGACAUUCUGUACAAGCGGAAGCGGGAGAGAUGCGGAGGGCAGCCGUCUCCAGAGGAGGCCAGAAGGCUGCUGGGCGAGGCCAAGAAGGAGGCGGCGGAGCUGAACCUGAACCUGGUGCGCAUCCAGUUCUCUGCCGAGUGCUGCCAGGACGGCGUCUGGAGGACCCUCUGCUGCGUCUACUCCAAUCCCGUGGCAAAUUCCAAGGCUGGGAAACUCAAGAUCACCAAAGUGAACAGGACCUCUGGUUCGUGCAGCGGAGGGGACGAAGUCUGGAUACUUUGCGAGAAGAUAAACAAGAAGGACAUCCAGAUCAAGUUCUUUGAGGAGGACGAGGAGACGCGGGUGCGGACCUGGGAGGCCCUGGCCUCCUUCGCAGAGUCGGACGUCCACUACCAGGUUGCAAUCAUCUUCCGGACACCCUGCUACAGGGACCCCCAGCUCCAGCAGGAGGCCAAGGUCAAGUUCCAGCUGUUGCGCAAGUCGGACAACGAGUUCAGCGAGCCCGUCGAGUUCACCUACCUGCCUAGCGCUCUGACCGAGGACGACGGACUGGUGCACAAGCGGCGGAAGCUGGUCUCUCCGAGCCCCUGCCUGGAGGGCUCCUCGUCGGACCCCGAGGGUUGUCCAGAACGAGAGAGGGCUGAAGGAGAGGAGGCUACAAUCGGGAGCACUGAUGGUGAGACGACGUCGCAAGCCUACGAGAGGACUCCACCGGAUGCGCCAUUUACCCCAGGGUACGAGGUCCCCCUUCCGGAAGGCUGGCAGGACAUCAGGGACGCCUUCAUGAUGCUGGACGAUCCUGUCAUGCCAAACAUCAUGGCGACAGAUUCCAAGCGGCUGGAGGCGUCCAUGGGGGCCCUGUCGCUGGCCGAGCGGAUGACUGACCCCACGGCACAAUUGGAGCACUUGGCAUGCGUGGCCGUUGGCUGGCUCCUUUCCCUGCUCGUCAAGCAGGGAUCGGGAGCUUUCGUGAUAAAGCUGCUCUCCCAGCUCCUUCUUCUGACAAGGAAGCGGGGAAACAACAUCCUGCACCUGGCGGUCCUGCAGCAUCGCGUCCCAAGCAUCCUGCUGCCAGUGCUGGAGGCGGCAGGGGGCCUAGAAGACAUCAACCAGCCAAAUGAGACGGGGCAGGAGCCACACCAGAGGGAGGAGCACAGCCAGCAACAACGGAGCUCUCUCGGUGAAAUGGUUGUCCCAAAGCGUGAGGACUUGUGCAGUCCGUCGUUCCAAACUCACGUUGUCAGCCUCCUGGACACCUACGAGAAUGCGAGCAAGCUGCUGCAAGUCCUGCUGGAACCGGACGAACUGCCCAUGGUUCUUGACAUGCUCUCCCUCUUCGAAGCACAGGGCUUAGGAGAAGCCAUCUUCAAUAGGUUCCUUAAGGAGAGAACAAGAGACGAGGUUCAAGCACUUCUUGAAGCAUCGCAAGUCAGGCAUUGAGCUGACAUCACCAGCAAACUACAAUAAAUGCUUAGUGUCUGCUAGUGUUCUAAUAAUACCCCUGAA